GGCGAGGCAGUCGUCUUCCUAGCUGCGUUCUGCACACUUGCACGAUGGAGGUAUUAACUGUAAUGUUCUUCAGUCUUGUGGUAUUUGGUAUCAGAGACGUACAGGCUGCUCCAACCUUGACUGGACGAGUGGCAGUGGUGGAAGAGGACCUCGGAACAUGGAAAUUGAAAACUGUUGAUAUUAUUGCCAAUAUGAAUGCCUUGACGAGACAGGUGGGACUGGUGUCCGCUGAAGUUGACAGUGUAAAAGACAAUGCACAAAACAUAAAAGCACGAUUGAACACUAUAACACAAGGGAAUUAAGACGUGUACAACAGGAAAGAGACACUUUACAGAAAGAGUCUACGAAAACUACGUCGCAUGUUUACCAAAGACCUCGGUUCACUACAGCUACGGCUGGAUCAGACGGCAGCUGACCUGUGUGAUCAAAGGACAACGACGUAUCCUGGAACCACAGCAGCCUCGACUGAUCCGAGCCCGAGCAACACGGCUUCACUAGCGCAAGUGACGACACAAGACUCUGAUCUACACGCCUUGACUGACCCGAGCCUGAACACCACGGUUCCACCAACGCCAGUGACCACACAAGACUCUGAUCCACACGCGACUCCAUCACCAGCAGGCCGCCGCCUCUACUCCGCCAGCAGGGACGGUGACCUGGAGAGAGUGAAGCGGAUCCUGGCAGCGGGUCACGUGGACAUCAACACGAGAGGAGACUACAGCCAGACACCGGUGAUGAGGGCAGCAUGGGGGGGACACAGAGAUGUGGUGGAGUUCCUGGUGGGUAGAGGGGCUGAUGUGUCGCUGGUGGACAGGGGCGGUUACAACGUCCUUCACUUGGCCUGUCUGGGUGGAGACCUGGAGAUCGUGAAGCUGAUCGUGUCCCUGAACGUGUUGGACAUCAACGCCAGGACCAACAUCGGGCACACAGCGGUCUACUACGCGAGACAUCAGCGAGUGGUGGAGUUCCUGGUGUCACGUGGUGGACACUGAAGUCGGUGUUGGUGUGGACAGUGACGGUGCACAUGUCGUUACUGACACUGACGAGGUGUGUGCCGUCCACGUUGUCUUGUGUCACGAUUCACGUGAUUUCCUUUUUACUUUGUGAAUAUAAAUAAAACUUGUUGAAAGUA